AUGGAUGAGUUCCUACACGUUUUGGAUAAAGAGUUUGGGCUGCGGCCAGUCGUGAGCACCUUGGCUCUUGCUGAAAGUCCGGACUACGCUGCGAAGUUCGGUGCCCACGACAAGAUCGUCGGACUAGUCAAAUCCCUGCAGGCAAAUGAAUAUGUCCUCGGGGAGCAGGCGGAGAAGACAGUGUGGAGUCUGACCGAAGAAGGUCAAUUGUAUACCAAGGAGGGAUCUCCUGAGUUUCGUCUUGUCACCUGGCUGCAAGCACGAGGAAAUGAGGAUCCGCUUGACGUGCCUGCCAUCAAGGCAGGUUUCGGCUCCGACGCCGAUGUCGCCGUGAGCAACGCGAUGAAGCUGCAGUGGCUGCGAAUCGACAAGGCAACGAAGAUCUUCCAGAUCAAUCAAGUUCCCAAGUCCGACAAUGUCAGGGCGUUGCUUGACGUCGUCCAAGGGCAACGUGAUGGAAAUCACGACGAGGCAGCGUUGCUCGAACGCCUCGCCGAGCUCGCUGCUCCGGCGUCUCCAGAAAAAACUCUCCAGGAGUUAAAAAAACGGAAACUGGUGGAGUUGCGCAAGGUGAAGUACCUCAAGCUUCAGAAGGGCCACAAGUUCUCUCUGCAUCUGACGAAACCUGUCGCGGACUUGACGGCAGAACUCCUUAUUGGCGACGCGUGGGAAAAGUCGAAUUUCAAGGAGUACAAUUUCUUCGCGGCAGGGAAGAAAAUUCGGCGCGGCACAGUUCAUCCGUUGAUGCAAGUGAUGAAACAGUUCAAGCAAAUUCUGCACUGCAUGGGUUUCGAGGAGAUGCCGACGAAUCAGUAUGUGGAGUCGUCGUUCUGGUGUUUUGACGCGCUCUUCAUGCCUCAACAGCACCCUGCUCGAGAUGUGCAAGAUACCUUCUUUCUCCAGGCUCCCAAAUCCAGCGAUGCGGCAAAGAUUCCCCAAGCGUACUUCAACAGCGUGAAAGACAUCCAUGAACAUGGUGGGCAUGGAUCUAUUGGAUGGCAAUACGAGUGGUCGCAAGACGAGUCCUUGGGAAACAUCCUGAGGACACACACAACCGCUUCGUCUGCUCGCAUGCUCUACGAGCUCGCUCAAGAGUAUAAGAAGGUGGAAGGACUAGUCGCCGACCGGGGCUUGACUAUAGGCCAUCUUAUGGGGGUGAUGGAAACUUUCUACAAGCAGAUUGGCAUCGAGCAACUUAAGUUCAAGCCCGCAUACAAUCCGUACACAGAACCGUCAAUGGAGAUUUUUGGCUAUCAUGCAGGACUCAAGAGGUGGAUAGAAGUCGGCAAUAGUGGUAUUUUCCGACCAGAGAUGUUACUGCCGAUGGGUCUUCCUGAAGAUGUGACCGUCAUUGCCUGGGGACUAAGCCUGGAACGGCCAACAAUGAUCCGUUACGGAAUCUCCAAUAUUCGACAGCUAUUUGGCCAUCGUGCUCUGUUAGGUAUCGCGUGA